AUGAUUUCAUCCAAAACGCAGGGUGAUGAUGAUGAGCCUAAUUUUGUUUCGGGCGAUCACGAUGAAACCAAUGAAUCAUCAACAUGGUGGAGUUCAAAUUCACGGAUGACGAUAUCAUCAUCAUCCUCGGGCGAUCAUUCCAAGAUCAUUUCAGAAAAUCAUAACCAGCUCACAACAACAACGGAACAUGUGAGCUCAAAUACUUUCGGGAAACUGAAAAAGAACAGCCGCUAUCAUCAUGAUGAAAUUUGUUGUAUCUCUAGGAAUAUCAAGACUGGUGUUUUUACAUUUUUCAUUUUCUUGAGUUUAGUGAUUGGAGUGAGUUCUGUUGUAUUGUGGAGAGCGUCCAUACAUCAAUGGUCAUCUUGGUUGCCCAUUACGGAGCAUGUAGAAUUUGGAGAAUUUUCAUUAGCUUCUACGUUGUCUUCUCUAGUGAAUUCUAUACCCUAUAAUGUUCCAAAUGUUUCAACAGCGGUGACCAUUGAAGACCAGAAAACAGGUAUUCGAUUGUACAAAAACGUGUCACUGUGUGCCGAAUGUUAUUAUAGACCAUUUUCAACUGUAGCUGGAUUAUCUCAAACAACUAUACAACCUCCUUGUGUGACUGCUUCGAAUUGUUCAUUCUUUGGUGUACGAGGAAAAGAAGUACAGGAUAGAAUGAAUAGUGUGGGUGCCAAAUGGUAUGAAGAUUGGGAGCCAACCAACAAGAUCUUUAUUAUUGCAUUCCAUCAUGCUGAACGUUUGUAUUCUCCAAGAGAAAAGAUAAAUCCAAUCGAUAUUGAGCUGAUUGGACCAACUGAGACUAAUUUUACCCUCGUCCUUUCUACAAAUUACUUUAAACCUAGUGCCAAAAAAGAUGCUUUUGAUCAAACAUUCUUUAUUAGAGUUCAUCCAGGUGUUAAAGUCACAGAUAUUAUUAUUCACGGAGCCCGAGAAAAGGUUACAUAUGAGCUUGUGGCAAAAGAGUACAGUGACAGAAAAUACAUUAGUACGAUUAAGGUGAAAGUGUUGGACAACUUGACAAAUAGCUCAUACUACAACACGUCAAGUCUUGUAGAAGCUUUGAAACCUUACUACCCAAAUAUUGAAAAUUAUACCUAUUAUUUAAUGUGUGUGACAGGGCACUUGUUUGAAUUGAGAGAUGGAGGAACCUGUUAUUCUGAGGUUAAGGACUUUGCUAUUCAAUUCUUGUGGGUCACUUACACAGUUGUGGGCUCGGUAUUGGUCAUUGCCAUUAUAGGAAUGGUUGUAUUUUUCAUCUUGUCAUGCUGCGCUUGUAAGAAACAAUUUGAAGCUCCGCAGACGUUAGAAUAA